AUGAUGCCCAUGUUUCAUCAAACUUCUCCACUUCAGCGGUUUACUGAACCACGCUGCUUGUUGGUAACUUUGGGGGAAGGUCUGUCGAGUGGAACAUCCGUACCGAUUCCAGUUCAAAUUAACAACGAUACAACAAUUGCCACCAGACCAAAAAAAAUCAUGAGCCCAUCUCAAUCGGAAACAUAUCCACCUGAGCUAUUUGACGAAAGUAGGAGUGUAUUUAGACUCGACCAUCCUACCAUAGACGGUUGGAAUGGGUUAUUAGCGCUGGGUGUCAAGGGCUCUGAAUGUGUGAUUUUCAUUAGUUGUAAAAUUGAUAUUGCGAGUAGGAAAAGAUGGUUCUGUUAUGUUCUCCCUGCAGGUUCCUGGCCAGAUGACGAAGUUCGAAGGAAAAAAUUAUUGAGCUUAUUGGCAAGUCAAGUGGCGAGCAUGGAAGGGGAUAGUGACAUAAGAGAGGCAUUUUCCACGGAAAUUGGAGGAAAUUUCGUUAUUGAUGGGGAUGGCCGUAGGAAUGGAGAUGGAAAUGGCGUAUAUAAGGAGGACGAGAGGAGUAUCGUGACGGCGAGGUUGGACUUGGGGUUGGGAAAGGAGAAGAUUAUAGAGAUCUCCAAGAGAAUCGAGGAGUCAUUACACAUUUAA